AUGGUUGAUGAAUUCGAAAAUUUAGCUGUACAAAUUCUUGAUCGAUUUUAUCAAGUUAAUUCUCAUACAUGUAUAAAAGCACUUAUACGACGUAUACCAGUCUAUGGUAAUGUCACAUGGUUACAAUUAGCUGCAGAAGCUGACGCUAAAAAAUUUAUUUCUCAGCGGGCAGUACAAGAAGUCCUCAAUAAUAUUUGGGGAACAGAUGGUACUCAAAUGAGAUUAAUGCAUGGCAUUGCAGAUACGAAUACUGCUCCUGGUCAUUUCGUUGCUGUCGGCUGUUGUGAACAAUUUCUACGUGCUCCAUAUGUUAAAUAUCUAUAUAACUUAUAUUUUCAUGUGAUAUUUUUAUUACUUUUUUCUUAUGUGUUAUUAUGUGAUUUUUUUCCUCUGUACGAAUUUCAAACGAAUGUAUGUGGAUCAACUAAUGAUCCUGAAAAACAAGAUGGUAAUAAUAAUAGUCCAUCGGUGAAAAAUGAUGAAGCUAAAAGUAACAUAACAGUUCCAUAUGGAUUUCAAAAACAUGAUCGACCAGCUUUUACAGAAUAUAUACUUUUUGUUUGGGUUACGACAUUACUUUGUGAAGAACUUCGACAACUCUUCUCAUUCGAAGCACAUUCUGCCCGUAAAAAAAUAACAGCAUACUUUGAAGUUUUUUGGAAUACACUAGAUUUUCUAGCUACAAUGCUUUUUUAUGUUGGUUUUAUAUUGCGAUUUAUACCAUUCACAGAAUGUUUUUGUGCAGCACGUAUUGUUUUAUCGGUUGAUUUAUCACUUUGGUUUAUACGUUCAUUAGAUAUAUUUGCAGCUAUUAAACGACUUGGUCCUAAACUUGUUAUGAUUGGUGAAAUGGUACAUGAUUUGAAAUUUUAUAUGCUUAUGUUAACUGUAUUUAUUUUGGGAUUUGGUGUAUCAGCUUAUAGUCUUAUUUAUGGUGCGAACAAAUUUACUUGGCAUUUACCACGUGACAUUAUACAUCUUGCUUAUUGGGAAAUAUUUGGAGAAUUAAGUUCAUUAAGUAAAUUUGAAAACAAUUACCGUCCAACUGGUUAUACUAUAUUUGUUUUACUUGUUAUUUAUAUGGCUAUUGUUAGUAUACUUUUGGUUAGUUUACUUAUUGCAAUGUUCAGGUAUUGAACGAGAAUGGAAGAACUAAGAUUAACUAGAUUGUAGUCACCAGAAUAUUCAUACAGAAAAGCUAUGGGAUGCUGUCAAACGCUAAAUACCUCACGAGGGAGCUGCAAUUUCACGGUUUUUUUAGGAUUCGGACUUGCAGCUUUCUAUGCCUCACACUUUGUUAGCACCUAAAUUCAAUUCAUCAUCGCAUGAGAUACUUCAUGUUUAGGGCAAGUUUCUGUUAACUUGUGUUUUAGAUUGAAAACGUUUUGUUUUUACUACUCUCUAUUAUUUUCAUCGAAGUAGUUCUUGACUAAAUCGUAUGAAAAAUAUUCUGGAUUUAUUCAUUUUUUUUUCAAGAUUUCAUAUAGAUGUUGCUAGUGGAAAAGUGAAUCUGCUACUAAUCGCAAUAAAGCAGCACUUUUUUUUAUCUCUCCGAAAGUACAUUAAUGCUCCAUCAAUAUUCGUCGAUGCAUAUCGCAAGUUUGCUCGCACUACCUUGAUGCUCAUAAGAUCUAGUGUGAUUUAUUAUAGUCAGCAAACAAAUAAAGUGAUUUAUCUAACUUGAAAAUUUAUUUGGAUUUUAUUCAGAUUUUGUCUGAAUUUCGACCCUAUUCAUUAUGAUCUUUUCAUCAGAUCUAUUUAAAAGACUUCUGCAAAACUUAUUUAGAUGCUUAAAGUAUCUGUUUUUUAUUUGUCUUCAGGCGUAGGAAAAAUAGAGUCUAUUUAUUUUUCUGUCACAAUACUACAAACAUUUUAUAAGUUGUUACAAUCUUCAUAUUC